CUCGGACAUUUGACUUCGCUUCGCUCCACUCAGCUGUCUCUCCAACAUAAAAAGGAGAACACUGCCUGAGACGUCUACUUCAAUUUAUAGUUCUUGCCAAGAGAGAGAGAGAGACAGUGAGAGGUGGGGAAAUGGGGUGGGCCAUAGGUCUACAUGGCGGCGCCGGUGACAUCCCGCUCACACUUCCGGCAGAACGCCGCCAGCUGCGUGAAGCCGCCCUGCGCCACUGCCUAGGAAUCGGCGUCGACGCUCUCAAAGACAAAAAGGCCCCCCUCGAUGUCGUCGAGCUUGUGGUUCGUGAACUAGAAAACAAUCCGCACUUCAAUGCGGGUAGGGGAUCUGUCUUAACCAACGAAGGCACGGUUGAAAUGGAAGCUUGUAUCAUGGAUGGUAACACCAGAAGAUGUGGAGCUGUUUCUGGUCUCACUACUGUCGUUAAUGCUAUAUCUUUAGCACGACUGGUCAUGGAGAAAACUCCUCAUAUAUAUCUUGCUUUUGAUGGAGCAGAAAAAUUUGCAAGGGAACAAGGUGUUGAAACUGUAGAUCAGAGCCAUUUUAUAACUCCAGAAAACAUUGAGAGGCUUAAGCAGGCAAAAGAAGCCAAUAGAGUCCAGCUUGACUAUACUCAACCUAUUCAAAAUGAUGUGAAGAAAGAAACACCAUCUGCUGAUGGUGAUAGCCAAAUCGGGACAGUUGGAUGUGUGGCUGUUGAUAAUGAUGGGAAUUUAGCUGCUGCAACUUCUACUGGUGGAUUUGUCAACAAGAUGGUUGGCAGGAUUGGGGACACCCCGAUCAUAGGGGCGGGGACAUAUGCCAACAAUCUCUGUGCAGUUUCCGCCACGGGGAAAGGUGAAGCAAUAAUCCGCAGCACUGUUGCAAGAGAUGUAGCAGCUCUCAUGGAAUUCAAGGGUCUUUCUCUCAAGGAGGCUGCAGCUUAUGUUGUAGAGGAGUCUGUUCCGAGAGGCAAUGUUGGCUUGGUUGCUGUCUCUGCCAAAGGAGAAGUCACAAUGCCUUUUAAUACGACAGGGAUGUUUCGAGCUUGUGCCACUGAAGAUGGGUAUUCAGAGAUUGGAAUAUGGCCUUCCGUGCAGAACUGAGUGCUUUAGGUCUGUUGAGGAAAUUGCUUGGGAUGGCUGUGUCUCAUUGUAGUUUUCGUUUGAAUUAACAUGAAUAGUUUGCCACAUGUAAGUAUGUUACAACACUCGUACCACUAUUGUGUAUAUAUAUAUAUAUAUAUAUGGAAUUGCACAAUCAAGACAUUCU